CUAGCUGUUCCCGCAGUUCCCCUUCUGGAUGGCAGGGACUGAGGGACAGGGAGGACCAGGGGAGGAACAUUAGCAGGGCAGGGACUGGUCUCUGCACUCUGAACUCCAGUACAGCAUCCUGAGGGUGAAUAUCCUCCUGGAAGUCCUAAGACCUACCUUGUGAAGGGAAGGAAACACCACAUUUUCACAUCAUGUUUUGUUUUGCACACCUUUGUUUUGCUGUUUUUUCAUUCUUCUGCUCUGUCAGAUUCUUGGUCUCGCUCUGGAACUGUACCUUUGCCUGCACAAUUAUGCCCACAGGUUAUAGGAAACCUGGGUUUCAAAAGAAAACCUGAUGCCAUUGCUAGAUAAUAGCAGUUUCCUAAAUAAAUGUGUGGUUGCCCCGGGGGUUAGGUUGUUACCAGAUGCACCUUUUCUUGAUUGGUGAGAACAGGAGAUGACGCUUCCUGGCAUAUAAAGUGCAAGAGAAAACACAGGAGCACAGAUAAGCAGAGCGAGCAAGCCACCUGGAAAGAAGACCUGAGAAGGCGUUCAAGCAGCUGCCUGCCAUGGCAUUUGGAAUGCUGAUCUAUAUUUUGCUGAAAGCAAUGGGGGCACUGAGUGAAGAGUCAGCUAUUACUGCUUCAUCCCUCAGCACUGACUUAUGGAAUAAUUGGACAAAAAACAACGCUGAAGUAGAUUAUACAGAGCAGCCAAAGCUCUUGAAGCUGAUGCAGACCUGCCUUGAGGAACACCACAGCUAUUGUAUCAAUGGGCUCUGCACCUUCCACAGUGAACUGAGGAAACCCAUAUGCAAGUGUCUUGCAGGUUAUAAUGGAGAGAGGUGUGAACAUUUAACACUAAAUUCGUAUGCACAUAAUUCUUACGAGCGCUACAUUGCUGUGGGAAUUGGUGUAGGAAUAUUGACCAGUGGUAUACUCGCCAUCAUCUACUGCUAUGUCAGAAAGAGAUGCAGGAAACUGAAAUCACCCUACAAGGUGUGCGUGGGCGAGACGGCGCUGUGAUGCCCUGGCACUGGAACACUCACCAGUUUGCCUGCUGAGGAGGAAGGGGCUGUGCCAUCGGACAGGUGCCCCGGCCUGGCUGAGGAGAUGGACUCGAAGGAACGCCGGAGGAGCGCGCCAAGGGAGCUCCUGCUGGACUGACAGGCUCUGUUUGUUGUUGAAGAAAGACUUCCUCUCUUGGGUGAGGGUGGCUCGUGCUCAGGUCCCAGCAGCUGAGGAUACUGGCAGGCCUCUCGGCACUGUGCUGUGCCCAGUGUGUGCCGUGGGGAGGACUGGUUGUUUUUAGCUGUUUGCCGUUGUUUCAAGUGCUCGUACAGUGUUCUGCUUUGGUCUUUUGUCUGUUUUGCUUGGUUUUGUUUUCUUCUUUAUUUCUUCUCUGGAGGAUAAGCACCACCUCCCUCACAGUGGAGCUGUAUUCUAGACAUCGUGCACUGACCACAAACCAUUUGGGUUCUGAUUUUGGUGUCUGCUGGCUGUGUGUGUGAAUAAACAGCCCUCUCCCGACCCAACAGUUACCUUUGAUGUGCUGGGCUGAGUACGGGCUGCUGGUGCUGUAAAGGACAAAAAGUGCUUUGGACUGAGGAAAAUGUCUUGUUCUUGAAACAUUCCUGGGUUUAGAGUAUAGAGUAGACUUUUCCUGGAAAAUUAGACUGUGACACCUCCGGGCAUGGCGUGUUCUUAUUGUUUUCAUAAGCAGAGCAACCAGAGACUGUUCUCCAAAUGGAUUUUGGAGUGUGCUUGUGACAAAGAACUCUGUGUCUUCCCAAACGUCCUAUAGCAGCUUCUCAGUUCCAUUGAAUUUCAGGCAGAACAUUGCCUUGCUGCAUCCUGAUUUCUGCACAAGACUUGAAUUGCUAGAAAAGCUGGAAUUUCAUUAUGAAUCUUAACUAUAAUUUAUCCCAGGAAACAGACUUUUUCUAUUCCAUUUGCGCAUGAUGGGCACAAUGUGAUCAUUCGAAUAAGAAAUACAUUUUUUUAAGGGAUUCAGUUCCACCCUGGACUAACAGAUUCCGUAUCGGAUGCUUGGUUCCGUUCAUCUUAACUAUAAAGAAUUGGGAAGGUAUGAAGAUUUGGUUCAAGGA